AUGGGAGGGCCUUCUGGAGCCGCAGCUGAAUCUGAGCCUCCGGAAGUUCAUCCUCCGCUGCGGAAACCUCUGCGAGGCCACCUACGACUGCUUCAAUUCCAACGUCCUCUCUCGCAACUGCAGAAACUCCCGCUACCGCAAGGAAACCUUUCUCCACGACGUCGUGCUCGAAGAAGCGCCUCCAAUUACCAAGUCGUCGCAUUCCUCUACGCGACAUCCGGUAUCGGUGACCCGACAGAUAACGUUUUCUUCCACCCGGGCCCAGCGGUCCGUGAGGCAUGGGACCGCCAAUCCAACUGGAUGGGCUACGUGGCCGUCACCACGGACGAGGUAAGCCGUGCCAAUGGCUUCCGUGAGGUCUAUGUUGCCUGGCGUGGAACCGUCACCCCCUCUGAAUGGUAUACCAACAUCUUCAACUUAAGCCGCGAGUCCUCCAAGCGUCUGUUUUCUCCUUAUCGUCGGGAAGUUCAUGGUGGCGAGCCUAAAGUCCACGGUAGCUGGCUCUCGAUUUACACCUCGAUGAACAAGGAUUCGAUUCAUACGAAGCAAAGCGCGAGGCAGCAACUCCGUGACGUGAUCAACCAGAUAAGAGAGACGUACACGAACGAGAAGCUCAGCGUGGUGGUGACGGGGCACAGCCUGGGGGGAGCCCUGGUGACUCUGAGCGCUUUCGAUCUGGCCGAGCACAAAGUCGCCGGAGAGGACGUCCUGGUCUCGGCUUUCGUCUUCGGCUGUCCGCAAGUCGGCAAGGAGGAUUUCAAGAAGUUGGUGGACGAUCACUCAAAUCUCAAGAUUUUGCAUAUCCGUAACAAAAAGGACAUAAUUCCUGGCUUGCCUGAUGGAGACCAAUCGAUUUACGUCCCUACACAGACGGCUGAGCUGGUGGUCGAUUCGGACAAAUCGCAGUACUCGAAAUUGAAGUCGUAUUUUUCGCUAACCCAAAUGAAGGGAAAUUGGCACAACUUGGAGGCGACGAUGCACUUGGUGGCGUGGUGGAAUGGGAAAGACAAUGAGUUUGACAGUGCUCCGAAGGCCGAUAGGAGCUUGGCUUUGGUGAACAAGUGGUGCAACUAUCUCAAUGAUGACUACAAGAUUCCGGAGUCUUGGUGGAUUGAGAAGAACAAAGGAAUGAUGUUCGACCAGAUCAGUGGAGACUGGAUUUUGGAUCCACCCACAACCCCGCGCGCUGAUCGAAACUAA